GCCCCGGGGAUGAGCCGCCGUUACCGUGCCGGAGCCUCCGGACGCUGUGUCAGCCAUCUUGGAGCCAUAUGGAGCUGUGCGCAUGCGUCAGGCUCGAAAGCGCACAAAGACCCGACCUCAAAGAACAUCCUGCCUUGAGAUAACCAUGAUUUAUUUUGCAACAAGGACCACAAACCUCCUGUCACAGCACCACGUUCCCACUUGGAAAUGAUUCACUAAAACCCCUCUGAAAGCCCCGUAACCAUGGGAACAGCGAGGGUUUCCUGUUGAAAGCCCUGUGUACCCUGAGCUGCACCUCGGUGUACCCGAGAUCAAAGCUCUGCUGUCCCCGAAGUGUUUGGGGAGGCCAGAACAGGAAACCACCAGGCUGCAGCUCCCACCCCUCGCUUCCUGUUCUAGCACACGUGUGGGACAGCCAGAACGCUCUGAGAGCCAAUUGCUGAGCGUCAGAGAGGGGCGAAAAGCGAUGUAAACAACAGCUGCCACGCCGGGAAUUAAAGGUCCUGGGGCUGGAUGGAAACACGGCUCCCUCACGCUGCUGGGUUUCCCCUGCAGGAGCAGCAAAAUCCAUGAAAAAGCAGGGAAAUGAGGAGGCACGGGGAGGUGGAGCUGGAUUGUUCCAAGCUGAAGCGAAGGAAACUUCUGGAGCAGCAAAGGUGUGCGAGGAGCAGAAGUGUGAGGAAGAGGUUUUCCCGCUGGCCAUGAACUACGUGGAUCGUUACCUGUCCUCGGUGCCCGUGCAGAAGAACCACCUGCAGCUGCUGGGAGCUGUGUGCAUGCUCCUGGCCUCCAAGCUGAGGGAAACCAUGCCCCUGACCGUGGAGAAGCUCUGCAUCUACACAGACAACUCCAUCACCCCCCAGGAGCUCCUGCACUGGGAGCUGCUGGUGCUGGAGAAGCUGAAGUGGGACCUGGUGUCGGUGAUCGCCAACGAUUUCCUGGCGCACAUCCUGCACCGGCUGCCGCUGCCCGCGGACAAGGUGGAGCUGGUGAAGAAACACGCCCAGACCUUCAUUGCCCUCUGCGCCACAGACUACACCUUCGUGAUGUACCCCCCGUCCAUGAUCGCCACGGGCAGCAUCGGCGCCGCCAUCCACGGCCUGACCCUGUCCGUGAACGGCUUCAGCGGCGAGGCCAUCACGGAGCUGCUGGCCGGGAUCACGGGCACGGAGGUGGACUGCCUGAAGGCCUGUCAGGAGCAGAUCGAGGCGGCCUUAGCCGAGAGCCUGAAGCAGGCAUCCCAAUCCCAGCAGGAACUCAGCGCCAAGGCGGCGGCGUACGGGGGCAGCCAGCCCACGAGCACCCCCACGGACGUCACCGACGUCAACCUGUGACCAGCCGCCCUUCCCGAGAGCUCCGGCCCCUCCCUGGACACCCCCAGCUCGCCGCAUCCCCCCUGCUCAUCCAGCACCUCCGAGGGGCCCUUCCCGGGCUGGGAAUGUGGAGCGGGAUCCGCGCUUGGAGCUGCUGCAGGUGGCCAGGGGGGAGUGACCGAGGUGGUGCCAGGGCACAGGAACGCUGGGCACAGGGAGCAGGAGCCUGGAUGAAGUUGGAAUUGUUUCUCUGUUGGUAUUCUCCGGCUCUCUGAGGUGUUCAUGGUGACUUCCAACCCCGUGAGGGACAAAAAUCAUGGAGAUCCAGCCCUGCAGGACCCGAAUCCUCAUCACCCCCAGCUCCUGUGGGGCCACGGGGCUCGUGGAGCAGCUGCCUGGUGGCCCCUCGGUCCCGAUCGCUUCGUGCCACGUUCCCACGGCUCUGGGGGAAGUUGUGCAGCUGCUUCUGCUUGGAGAGGACCCGUGGGGCUCGUUUGUUUUUGCUGUUGGAUGUGGGAUUUUGGGGACGCGCUCCCCGGCCGCGCCUUGGGAGGAGUUUGGGUGCUGUCCCCUCGGCUUUUCCGCUGGCCCACGGAGGCUGCUUAAUUUAUUGUUCACUGCUGGGAAACGGGGAGGGAGGAGAGCUGGCGUUCCUCGGGGUGGGGCCUGGAUGCCGCUCUCCUCUCCUUCCCAAAAAAGUGCCUUUUCUCCCUUCGCCCUUCCCCUGGCUCCCUGGGCAGUGGGAGACCCUCACUCGGAGGCUGGGUGGUCCUUUGGUAGCUUAGGCAUCAGACUAGGAUUUAGGGAAAACCUUUGAAUGUGCUGCUAUAGUCUGGGAUGCAUCUCCACUCUUCCAGGGCAGGGAUUUCGGAUCACACUCAGGACAGGGGGGGCUGUGUUCAUCCACGUGGAUCCGAGCUGCCUCCUGAGAGGGUGGAAAACUGCUGCGCACUUGAGUUGGAAAAGCAAUUCCUGCAUUUUUGUAUUGUUGUUGUUGAUCCUGUUAGUUUUGUAUAAAAAGUGUUUUAAAAUGCAAAAAAAAAAAAAAAAUGCUGCUUUUCUAUGAGAAAACCAUUACAGAGUGGAAUUAACCAGGAGAAGCCGGAGACUCCACAGGGAUGGGAGGCAGAUGCUGCUGCCACCUGGGGACCUCUGGACACGUGGCCCCGUGGCUGUUGUCCUCCACAUGGAAAAGGAGAUAGAAACCUUCCCUUUUGGAUGCCACCACAAAAAUCAGGCAGAAAAAGGUGGGGCUGCUGCUCCUCCCUGAGCCUGCCUGGUCUGGAAACCCACGGAGCCGCUGCCUCCUGCGAGCAGGAGGAGGGCUGGGACAGAGCCUGGCUGUGCAAAAGGAAAUGUCUUUUUUUUAUAUAUAUAUAUAAAUGAGUUUUUAAUUUAAGAAUAAAGUGGUUUGGUGUUCACUCGCAGUAGUCCCGCUGCUGGGAGAGCCAGAGAACCCUGUGAUGUUGCAAUAAAGUAUUUUAAACAAAA